AUGUCUAGAAAAGUUGUUACAAGGUUCAAUACCAUUACUAGAGUUUCUUACAGAGAUGAUCCAACAAUCAUGGCAUGGGAACUCAUUAAUGAGCCACGUGACCAAACUGACUAUUCUGGAAAAACUGUUAAUGUUUGGGUUCAAGAAAUGGCAAGUUUUGUGAAGUCACUAGACAACAAACACUUGUUAGAGGUAGGAAUGGAGGGAUUUUAUGGCGAUUCAAUUCCUGAAAGAAAGCAAGUUAAUCCUGGUUAUCAAGUUGGAACAGAUUUCAUCAGUAACCAUCUUAUUAAUGAGAUUGAUUUUGCCACUAUCCACGCUUACACUGACCAAUGGGUAUCCGGACAGAGCGAUGAUGCACAAUUGGCAUGGAUGGAAAGGUGGGUUACAAGCCAUUGGCAAGAUGCAAGAAAUAUACUAAAGAAACCUCUAGUUCUAGCUGAAUUUGGAAAGUCUAGUAGAGGUCAAGGAUACAAUCUUAGUUCAAGAGACACAUUUAUGAGUAGUGUAUAUAGAAAUAUCUACAAUUUGGCAAAAGAAGGAGGAACUAUGGCAGGAAGUUUAGUAUGGCAACUCAUGGCACAAGGGAUGGAGAAUUAUGAUGAUGGUUAUUGUAUAGUUUUGGGACAAAACCUUUCAACUACAGGAAUAAUUUCAGGUCAAUCGCAGUCCAUGACGACAUUGGCUCAUUUGGUUCAUUGA